AUGUGCCGGUUUCUGAUCUACAAGGGACAAAAUGAGAUCCGUCUCAGCAAGCUCGUCACAGAGCCGAGUCAUUCUAUCCUCACUCAGUCCUACGACUCUAGAUUAAGAUUGGAUAAUCGGCGCCCCGUGAAUGGCGAUGGCUUCGGGGUGGGCUUCUACACAGACCCCAAACUCGGCCCUGAGCCGUGCAUCUUUACGUCAACACUACCAGCAUGGAACUGCGAGAACCUCGAGCGUCUCGCGUCCAAGACAUGCUCGAAUUUAAUCUUUGCUCACGUUCGCGCCACCACCGAGGGAGCUCUUGCCGACAACAACUGCCACCCGUUUCAGCACAACACCCUCAUGUGGAUGCAUAACGGCGGUAUCGGCGGGUGGAACUACGUCAAGCGCACCCUGGCCACUUCCCUCAGCGACAGGUGGUACUUGGGCGUCAAGGGCGGCACCGACAGUGAGUGGGCCUUUGCACUGUUCCUCGACCUGCUUGAAAAGGAAGGUGCAGAUCCAAGCUCAGAUCCCGGGCCCGAGGGCUUCGGACAAGCGCUUCUGCGCCGAGUUAUGAUGAAGACCAUUGCCAAAAUCAAUGAGCUUGUGCGCGAGAUUCCAGCGAAGCACAAUGUCGCAGUUGAGACACGGAGUCUGCUCAAUUUCGCGGUCACCGAUGGGCACACUGUCGUCUGCACGAGGUAUAUCAGCAGCAAGACGGAUGACCCUGCCAGUUUGUACUUCUCGUCUGGGACGAAGUGGAAGGAGGGAAAGACGAAAGGGCACUUCAAGAUGGAGCGCCAUGAUAAGGGCGCUGAUAUUGUGCUUGUGGCUAGUGAGCCGAUCACUUUUGAACGGCGUGAGAUCUCCUUCACUGCAUCUCACCCCUCUCCCAUUGCAAAUACUGACAGUCACGAAACAGACAAUUGGGUCUCGGUACCGGCCAACUCCGUGGUUACUAUUCACAAGCAGACUGUGCUGCUCCACCCGAUAUUGGAUGAAUUCUACGGCGAAGACCUCAACCAUGAUCGCUCGUCUUGCUACGCCGUCUCCAAGGGCCUGGUGAGCACUGCACCUGGCAGCACCCUCCCACCGCAGAAGUCAACCGAGGCGUGCGGAUCCUCGGCAACUAAUGGGCCUGGCCUGAAAGAACCUCGACUCGGCCAUGUCGCACAAUGUGCAGUAACGCAUUAA